AUGGUUCCGAUUGGUGGUUCGGUGUCGAGAGAAACGGUUAAAAGGGACUGCGACCUGAAGAAAAGUAUCAGUCAACGUUCAGUUCACAUCCGAGCAAGUUGUCCAACACUAUUUCCAACAUUCAAAAUGACAGGACGAGGCAAAGGAGGAAAAGGUCUGGGAAAAGGAGGCGCGAAACGUCAUCGUAAAGUGCUCCGUGAUAACAUCCAGGGAAUCACCAAGCCCGCUAUCCGUCGGUUGGCUCGCCGAGGCGGUGUUAAACGUAUUUCCGGUUUGAUCUACGAAGAGACCCGCGGAGUUCUGAAGGUAUUCCUGGAAAACGUGAUCCGUGACGCAGUCACAUACACCGAGCACGCCAAGAGGAAGACCGUCACCGCCAUGGACGUCGUGUACGCUCUCAAACGACAAGGUCGUACUCUGUACGGUUUCGGAGGUUAAAUACUUGCUUCUGAAGUUUAAAAACAUCUUAAAAAGGCCCUUUUCAGGGCCACCAUAUGACCAUAGUAUAUCGUUUAUAAAACCUUAGAAUAAAAGAAAACAUUCCGUUCAAGUUGGUUAUAUUCGG